AGAAGAAAAAAAACAGAAAGGUCGCGCGUGCAGUGGGAGGAUCUUCUCGAGCUGCUCAUUCUGUCAUUGCGAAUGUCUGGGCGACGUGGACCUUCAACUCUACACUAACUUUAUUUUCUUCUUCUACAAAGUGUUUCAUUUUAUGCAAUCUAUAAAGCGAAUCAGUUCUAAUCCGUAUAGACGCGGGUUAGGUUUUUUUUUUUUUUCUCCCUAGACAAACACUUUAUUCAACUUUAUUAUUUAUAGAAAAAGAGUGCAUGUAGAAAAAGCUGUUGGACUUAUUUUGGGGGGGAAAAAAACUGAAGUGGACUGAACAAAAAAAAUAAAGCUGAUGUAGAGUUAAACAUCCGGAUCUUUUUGGUUAUUUGUUUUGUAGCUGGGCGUCUUGUUAAUAGACGCCUAAGAGUGAAUUCCGUCAGAGUUAUUUAUUAAUAAGGGAAUAGGAAUCCAAUAGAAAUGGGGUUGCACCCGUUGGAGUUCAGUGAGUGUUACCUGGACAGCCCGAUUUUCAGGGAAAAAAUCAAAGCUCAUGAAGCAGAGCUGGAUAAAACCAACAGGUUUAUUAAAGAGCUUUAUAAAGACGGGAAAAAUCUCAUCAAUGCCACUAAACAGCUCUCUCAGGCCCAGCGUAAGUUUGCUCAGUGUCUGAAGGAUUUCCAGUUCGAGUACAUCGGGGACGCAAAGACUGACGAUGAAAAGUGCAUCGAUGAGUCUUUACAGGAGUUUUCCUCCUUCCUCAGAAACCUGGAGGAUCAGAGGGAGCUGAUGAUGACGAACAUUACAGAGACACUGAUGAAGCCUCUAGAGAAGUUUCGGAAGGAGCAGCUCGGUUCAGCCAAAACUGAGAGGAAGAAAUACGAGAAGGAAACUGAGAAGUAUUAUACGUCAUUGGAGAAGCUCUUAAACAUGUCGGCGAAGAAGAAGGAACCGCAGUUGCAAGAGGCAGAUGGGGUAGUAGAGAUGAUGAGGCUGCACUUUCAGGAGGAGUCUUUGGAGUAUGUGUGCAAGCUGCAGGAAAUCCAGGAGAGGAAGAAGUUUGAGUGUGUCGAGCCUGUGAGCGCACGCCUCUACCUACCUCGCCUCAAUGCAUUUAGACAUAUGCUGGCUUUUUUUCAGACCAUGUUCACAUUCUACCAUCAGGGAUACGAGUUGGCCAAAGACUUUGAUCAUUACAAGCGAGCCCUGCAGAUCAAUAUUCAGAAUACACGGAGCCGUUUCGAGGGCACUCGUUCUGAAGUGUUUGAACUGAUGAAGAAGAUAAAGGAGGCUCCACAGGACUACAGACAGACCAGCCGCAUCAGCAGCGAGGGUUAUCUCUACGUCCAAGAGAAACGUCCUCCUCCGUUCGGCUCCAGCUGGGUGAAGAGGUACUGCACCUUUGUCAAGGAACAGAAAAUCCUCCACAUGAUCACGUACGACCCCAAAUCCGGCGGCAAGAGUGGUGAAAAUGAAUCUGUCACACUGAAAGCCUGCGUGAGGAAAACUACAGACACACUGGACCGCCGAUUCUGUCUGGAUAUAGAGAUUACAGACCGCCCCGCCACCGUGCUCACAGUCCAGGCACUUUCUGAAGAUGACCAGAGAUUCUGGAUGCAGGCGAUGGGAAGCAAAGAGCCGGUUCACCAUCUCGGGAAAAUCUAUUUAAAAGAAAGUGGAGUCGAUGCGCAGCUGGACGACGUGGGUGUGAGUUUUGUGAGGAAUUCCAUCAACGCUAUCGAGGCCAGAGGGAUCAAUGACCAGGGCUUGUACCGAGUGGUUGGGGUCAGCUCCAAGGUACAGAAACUUCUCAGUCUGAUGAUCGAAGAAAAGAAUACUGAAUUGGACUUGACCACGUGUGAAGACUGGGAUGUCAAGACCAUCACUAGCGCUCUGAAACAGUUCCUGAGAAGACUUCCCGAGCCGUUAAUGACGUACGCCCUGUAUAAGGAGUUCAUCGUCCUUGCAAAGUGCGCGAGUCCGGAGUCCCGCGUUCAGGCUAUUCACUGUUUGGUACACAGGCUGCCGGAGAGGAACCGAGAGGUGUUGAGUUUAGUCACCAAACAUCUUGCAAAUGUGGCAGACCACAGCAAGCAGAACCUGAUGACGGUAGCGAACCUGGGCGUGGUGUUCGGUCCUACCCUCAUGCGGCCUCAGGAGGAGACCGUGGCGGCCAUCAUGGACCUCAAGUUCCAAAACAUCGUGGUGGAGAUUUUCAUAGAGCAGCACGACAAGAUAUUUGGAGAUGCUCCGAGCGAUUGUCCGUCUUCGUCUCUCUCUCUGCUCACCGCUCCAGCGCGUCAGUCUAAGAAGCAGGCACGCCAGAGCCGCCCGCUGGCUGUGUACAACCCCCUGGACAUCCACACAGUGUCUCCGUCCUCUGAGAACGUCUCUCCGAUCCCCGAUGAAGCCUCUCUGAGCAGUAACGAGUCCGUAUCCUCGCAUUCCUCCACGGGGUCAACCUCAGAAACCCCUCCGGAGAAGACCAAGAAUCCCCAUGGCAACACCGCGGCCAACCCCCAGAACUCUGGAGGGGGCUCAGGCAUGGCGUCGUGGAUGAUCUCUACUCCUACUUGUUUAACACCUCAGACUGAAGCUGCAGACACAGAAGCAGCAGCAGCGGGAGCACAAACAGAUAAAUGUGCAGAAAGUGUCACUCUCAUGAAAGCCAAGGCUGUGUACCCCUGUGAAGCCGAGCACGAUUCCGAACUCUCCUUCCAGGUCGGGGCAAUCUUCCAUGCUGUGACUCCGUCUCGAGAACCUGGCUGGUUGGAAGGAGAGCUGGAGGGCAAACGAGGCCUCAUCCCUCAGAACUACGUGGAAAUACUACAACAAGCGGACUAAGCUAAAUCAUAUCUACAUACAUACAUAGAUACACGGGAAUUUAAUAUACAUGGUAUCCAUGGUGUGGCCUUGACCUCUUCCCCAGCUUACUUACACGAUCUGUUGACCCAUCCAGGAUGUUUCCAGGAGUCGACUUGCUCCUCCAACCGUUUCUGUCGUUUUAAAAGCUGAAGCCGCUUCACAAGUUAAAAACUGUACAUAUUAAAUGUGUUUGAAGGGUGUUUUUUUUUCUGCAUGUUUUUUAACUAGCUUGGCUUUAAUGCAUGGGUGUAUAAAACUAUUUUAUGUUAUUUAACUGAAGCAGUUCCUUUCAUACAAGUGUGUGUUUGUUCAAAGUGAAUAUUCGUAUAUAUUCAUGUGUACAUUAUAGAAAUAUUCAAGCUCUCCCACACGCCAGCGUCCACCUCAAGUGUUUGUCCUGAUGAUUGGUUUUUCUCACAAUGCUUUAUUCUCAUGAGGCAUUUUUUUUCUUUUUUUUUUUUGGUGCUUUGACGCUGUCCAAGAAUCUGGACAGAAUUUGUGUUUAUAUAUAUAUAUAUAUAUAUAUAUAUAUAUAUAUAUAUAUAUAUAUAUAUAUAUAUAUAUAUAUAUAUAUAUAUAUAUACAGUGUGUACAGUACACGAUGAAAAGAUUUCAUACUAUGAACCCAAACCAUUUCAAGAUGCUUGUAAAUGCAGCAUUGCCAAGUCUUGUACACACAUUUAUGCAUCCUUAUUAUUAUUAUUAUUAUUAUUAUUAUUAUUAUUAUUAUUAUUAUUAUUAUUAUUAUUAUUCCCUAAACACUGUUAAAGCUCAAGUUCCUCCAGAGCCCUUACGGACGUUCACGGUUUCUCACGCAGCACCGUUUUAAUUUCAUUCUUUAUUUCUUUUUGUUUUAUUGUCUAACAGUGUUUUCUUCAUACGGUUUAUAUUUGUGACUGAGCUCCGUGGCACUUGUGUAAGACGGCGACUUAUGGCUCGGCGCCGCUCUGAUUUUCGUCUCGUUGGAAAAGCUGUCGAUCGAUGUUAAACAAAUAAACGCUUUUUAGUCCUC